GUACGGUCACUCUUCAAGUAGGCAACGAAUUUUGUUUGUCAUCGGCAUUUCGCAUUCAACGUUUUCAAUUGUUUUUAAGGAGCUUUAAAAAUGGCUUUGGCUGAAAUCUGCAAGAUAUUAAAUGCUCCGUACAUGAAGCCCACGGCCUGGUCAUCGGCGGACAUGGAGGAAGAGCAAAACGCGCUUACUUGCAAUCUGGCCAAUCCCUACACACUGGCUGCACCGCCAUUCGAGAAUCCCCUUCACAACCUCAAUCAGAUCCAGGCCAAUGCCGACAAGACCGGCAUCAAAAUCAACUUCGAUCACGGCACCACAACGUUGGGCUUCAAGUUUAAGGGUGGCGUCCUCCUGGCAGUCGAUUCCCGUGCCACGGGUGGAUCGUACAUUGGCUCCCAGUCGAUGAAAAAGAUCGUGGAGAUCAAUCAGUUCAUGCUGGGCACUUUGGCCGGUGGUGCUGCCGAUUGUGUUUAUUGGGACAGAGUCCUUUCGAAGGAAUGCCGCCUGCACGAGCUGCGAAACAAGGAGCGCAUCUCGGUGGCCGCCGCCAGCAAGAUAAUGGCGAACAUAGCCCACGAAUACAAGGGAAUGGGUCUGAGCAUGGGCAUGAUGCUGGCCGGUUACGAUAAGCGUGGUCCUGGCCUGUACUAUGUGGACUCCGAGGGAUCUCGAACGCCAGGCAAUCUUUUCUCCGUGGGCAGUGGGUCACUGUACGCCUACGGAGUCCUGGACUCCGGCUAUCAUUGGGACCUGGAGGACGAGGAGGCCCAGGAGCUGGGACGUCGCGCCAUCUACCAUGCCACCUUCAGGGAUGCCUACUCCGGCGGUAUCAUUCGCGUGUAUCACAUUAAGGAAGACGGCUGGGUCAACAUCUCCAACACCGAUUGCAUGGAGCUGCACUACAAGUACCAGGAGCAGCAAAAGCAGCAGGUCGCUAAGUAGAGUUUGGAUUAAGGGAAUAUAAGAUAUUCAGUUUGUAUACGUUUGAAUUUCUUGGAAUAAAUAAACGUGCUAGAGACUA